UUGGCUGACCCAGGCUGUUUUUUUUUCUUCUUUUUUUUCUUUUCCUUUCCUCUUUUUCCCUUUUUCAGCAAUCUGCCGAGCGCUGUGUGAGCACGUUGCUGGAUCUUAUCCAGACCAAGGUCAACUACGUGGUGCAGGAAGCGAUUGUGGUUAUCAAGGACAUUUUCCGCAAGUACCCAAACAAGUACGAAAGCGUGAUCGCUACCUUGUGUGAGAACCUGGACUCCCUCGACGAACCGGAAGCCAGGGCCGCCAUGAUCUGGAUCGUGGGAGAAUAUGCCGAGCGCAUCGACAAUGCGGAUGAGCUGCUGGAGAGCUUCUUGGAGGGCUUCCAUGAUGAAAGCACCCAGGUCCAGCUUCAGUUGCUGACGGCCAUCGUGAAGCUCUUUCUGAAGAAGCCCACCGAGACGCAAGAGGUGGUGCAACAGGUGUUGAGUCUGGCCACGCAGGAUUCGGAUAACCCAGACUUGAGGGACCGGGGCUAUAUCUACUGGCGCCUUCUCUCCACGGAUCCCGUGGCAGCCAAGGAAGUGGUCCUGGCCGAAAAGCCUCUCAUAUCCGAGGAGACCGACCUGAUCGAGCCUACCUUGCUGGACGAGUUGAUCUGCUACAUCGGCACGCUGGCCUCGGUCUACCACAAGCCCCCCACUGCGUUCGUGGAGGGGAGUAGAGGCAUCGUCCACAAAAGCCUCCCGCCCCGCACAGGCUCUUCAAACAGCAGCGAGAGUGCCGAGAGCCCAGACGCGGUGUCCGCCGGAGUGCCGCCUUCGGAGCAGCCGGCCGUCAUCCCCACCCAGGGGGAUCUCUUGGGGGAUCUGUUGAACCUCGAUCUCGGGCCCCCGGUCAGCAGCCCUCCCGUUGCUACCUCGUCGGUGCAGAUGGGAGCCGUCGAUCUUCUUGGUGGGGGCUUGGAUAGUCUGAUGGGAGGGCCAAGUUUUACAGCUCCCAGUACCGUCAUGCCCUCCAACCUGGGAGGACUCCUCGGCGGGGGGCUGGGAGACCUCUUCGACCUGGCCGGAGGUGUGAGCAACCUGUCGGGCUCCCAUGUCGCUCCCAAAACCGUGUGGCUCCCUGCAGUAAAGGCCAAAGGCCUGGAAAUCUCAGGAACGUUCAGUCGCCGGGCUGGUUCCCUCUCCAUGGACAUCACGUUGUCCAACAAAGCCUUGCAGGUCAUGUCAGAUUUUGCCAUCCAGUUCAACCGGAACAGCUUCGGUCUGGCCCCUGCUGCCCCUCUGCAAGUCCACACCCCUCUCGCCCCCAACCAGAGCGUGGAGAUCUCUCUUCCCCUCAACACCGUCGGUUCAGUCAUGAAGAUGGACCCCCUGAAUAAUCUCCAGGUGGCUGUGAAAAAUAAUAUUGAUGUCUUCUACUUCAGCACCCUGUAUCCUCUGUACAUUCUCUUCGUGGAAGACGGGAAAAUGGAACGGCAGAUAUUCCUGGCCACGUGGAAGGACAUUCCCAACGAGAACGAAGCCCAGUUCCAGAUUAAAGACUGUCCGCUUAGCGCAGAUGCCGCGAGCAGCAAGCUGCAAGGUAACAAUAUCUUCACCAUCGCCAAGAGGAAUGUGGAAGGACAGGACAUGUUAUACCAGUCCCUCAAGCUCACGAACGGCAUUUGCGUCCUGGCUGAGCUGAGAAUUCAGCCCGGGAGUCCUAACUUCACGCUCUCCUUGAAGUGCCGUGCUCCCGAAGUCACCCAGCACGUUUUCCAAGCUUACGAAACCAUCCUGAAAAACUGAGGCUGCCCGGUCGUCCUUCCUCCAGAGCAAGCGGCGACGGAAACUCAACGGGGACCAAGUUGUGGCAAACAAAACAAAAAAACACAAAAUUCCACCCCUCCCCCCCAAAAACCCACCACCCAUCCCUAUUCCCCACCCCCACCCCACUCCACCCUGUUUGGAAGACCGAUAUUUUGGGGGGAUCAGACGGCUGGCAUGUGGGCAAGCUUUUGCGAGAGUCCCCUGCGGAAGUCGGAAAACGGAGCAGCAGGGGUGGGGUGAAGGAGAUCCGGCUCCCUAUUUUUGUGUGCGCGUGCGUGUGUGUGUGCGUGUGCGCAUGUGUGUGUGUGUCAAAGCCUGCUGUGUUCCUCUGCUGAGGCCGCCCUUGUGUCCUUGAGGCGCUUUGCGUGUUGAAAACACAGGCUGUGCGAGCGCCGUGCUGCAGCUGCAGCUGGGAAACGUUUCCCAGCAUCCUUCGGCAUUUCCUCAUGCUGGUCUCGCUAUCCUCCCACCUACAUCAAUAAAUAAAAUCAAUGAUGACCACCUCCAGAG